UCUGGAACAUAGGAUAAAGAGGUAAUGUAAACAUGGUAUUAAAAUGUAAAUGAAUAAAGCCACAUUCAUGUUUUUGCAAUUUGAGAAAUGUUCUCUACACCGAAGUGUUCAACAGCCGACUGUAAAAACUACAUCGUGCUUCAAUGGAUUGCCUCGCAUUUGAUGAGCUGCCGCCGUCGAGAAAACCAGUCCCCUUGGAUGUCUGAAGAGGAAUUAAACAAAAAAACAGAAAACAAGAGAGAAACAAAAUCAAACAAUUUUUGCAAAAAAAGAAAUUGAAACCACAUAAAAUACAUAAUAAAGUAUUGGUAUAAUUGAAAACGAUUUAAUGAAACUAUUAAAACCAAGUUGGGUGCAUCAUGACGAAAAACCAAUAUUUUCAAUUGAUGUACAUCAGGAGUGUCUUAAAUUUGCCACCGGUGGCCAAGGUGUGGAUUCCGGCCGGGUCGUAAUAUGGAAUUUACUGCCGGUACUCUCCGAAAAGGCCGAAAUGGACGAAUCUGUGCCGAAAAUGCUGUGCCAAAUGGACAAUCAUUUGGCUUGUGUUAAUUGUGUGCGCUGGUCGCAAAACGGUUUACUGUUGGCGUCAUGUUCAGACGAUAAACUUGUAAUGAUAUGGAAACAAUUAAAGGGUCCCAGUGGUGUUUUUGGCACAGGCGGCAUACAAAAGAAUCCCGAAUCUUGGAAGUGCAUGUUUACUUUACGAGGACAUGCUGGCGACGUACUUGACCUGGCCUGGUCACCUCAAGAUCGCUGGUUGGCCAGCUGUAGUGUAGAUAAUACAAUCAUUGUAUGGGACGCUCAAAAUUUUCCCGUUAUCAUUACUACACUCAGGGGACACACCGGACUGGUCAAAGGUGUUGCCUGGGAUCCGGUGUGUAAAUUUCUUGCAUCGCAAAGUGAUGAUCGUAGUGUGAAAAUAUGGAAGACUUGUGAUUGGACAUGCAGUAAUACCAUUACAGAACCAUUUCAGGAAUGCGGUGGAACAACACAUAUAUUACGUUUAUCAUGGUCACCCGAUGGCCAAUACUUAGUUUCGGCGCAUGCCAUUAAUGGUGGCGGCCCGACAGCACAAAUUAUCGAACGUGAAGGUUGGAAGUGUGACAAAGAUUUUGUGGGCCAUCGGAAAGCGGUAACAUGUGUACGCUUUCAUACGGCAAUCCUCAAACGACAAGCACCGAAAUCACAAAAACCCCAACAGUAUUGUUGUCUCGCAGUGGGUUCACGUGAUCGCUCAUUGUCCGUAUGGAUGACAGCAUUGCAACGGCCUUUGGUUGUGAUACAUGAGUUAUUCAACGACAGCAUAUUGGAUUUGUCGUGGGGCCCGGAAAAAUACAUACUUAUGGCAUGUAGUGGUGAUGGCACGGUAGCUUGUCUUCAAUUUUCUGAAAAUGAACUGGGUACACCGCUCUCCGAAGAUGAUCGGAAUGCACUGUAUCAACGUAUUUAUGGAAAAAGUGCAGCAAAUCUUACAAAUGGCUCCACCACAGCUAACGAUAUGCUAAUUGAAAAUCCUGAAUUAAUUUUAUAUAGUCAAAAUAAACCUAAACCUCCAACACUGCCAACAAUGCAACUGACCAAUAGUUAUAACAGCAAUAAUAAUUUUAUAGAAUCCACGGGAACACUGCCAUCAUCAAAUGGUUUCGGUACUCAUGAUGGUCGAAGCAUAUUUUCACAAAACUCUUCUGCAACUGCACCACAGACAACGCCUGUGAAAGCAAUUAGUAAACAAAUGGAGACACGUACAAAAGAUGGUAAACGGCGUAUAACACCCAUGUUUAUACCGCUAAAUACUGAAAACGAAGGUGCAUUAAAUCCUCCCAAUAGCUUUCAGUCUUCUUCGGUGCCGGGAAGCGAUGCAAGUUCUGCUUUUCCAGUAGCCACAUCACAAUCGGUGGAAACAACAACGAAUAACAUUGUAGGUAAUGAUGUCAGUAAGGAGAAUAUACCACAAACGGCUAAAGUUUCUGGAUCGGAAGAAUCUGGUCGUUUAGAUCCAAGAUUGGUAAAGAGCAAUGUAAAACAACCGCCCGAACCUUUCUCCGUGAAACAAGAUUCAUUUCGGGAAUUCCCACAUUUCAAAAGAACACCACAAUAUUUUUCAUCGCCAAAAGACACAUCGAAAGUUUAUAUGGCCUCGACAGCGGGUCCAAAGAUAAAAAUAACUGAAUCAUCUAAAUGUGAAUUUCAAAAGACUGCUAUGGACUAUCGUGUCCACGUAGCCAAUGGGGCGGUACAGACAGCAACUGGUCCAUUGGCCAGGGUAACUGCCAUACGCUUAGUCUCAGGCAAACUUUGGGAGACAUUUGUGGGGUCACCUAUUGUUAAUUUUAAUUUUUGUUUAAAGUGUGUAAUGUUGUGCAGCUUGGAUGGUUCUAUGCGUUUAAUGGAUUUAAUGAAUGGUAAUCCAUUAAUGCCGGUCAUAACCUUGAGUUCCCCUGCCAUACAAUGUGCCUUUUCCCCCAAGGGUACCUUAGUUGGAGUUGUAACCGAAUGUGGUUUAUUGCGUAUUUGGAACAUUGAGAAAUGCACAUGCAUUUUGUCAACUACAUGUUCAGAUAUUUUCGGAAAACAUGGAGCUAUAUAUCAAUAUACCAUCACCGAAAAUGGUGUACCUCUAAUUAUCUUCUCCAAUGGCAAUGCAUAUUCGUAUUCACCACAAAUGCAAGCUUGGUUGGUUGUGAGUGCAAAAGAUCCGAUAACACGACACGGUGUUAAAAAUUCUGUGCCAAAAGAUUUUCCUAAAGACUAUCAGGAUUUCCCGUUGAUGUCAGUACAAGCCAGUACGAAUUUCUUUACCACAACUAGUGCUGGCAUAGAGCUCAAUGCCAAUGAUUGGCAAUCAACUGCCAAGAUCACAUUUGCCGAAAAUCAAAUAAAACUUUGUGAAAUGAUAAAAUCUCCCGAAGAGCUGAAAUUUUGGUAUAGCAUGUUGGUAUUCUAUUUGGCAGCACAUGGAAAUGAGAAAAGGUUACGAGACCUAUUAAAUGAUUUAUUGGGCAGCGGUAGACCCACCCCUGGCCAGGAGGCAAAGAUAUUGAAUAUCCCCAAGCAUUCAAUAUUGGAGGCAACACUGGAGCAAAUAAAACUUCUUCCAAGAUGGCAGCGUAUUUAUAUGGAAUAUAAUGAAUUAUAUCAAGAUAUAAAAACAUUUAAACGAGAAGAAGUAGAAGUCACGAACAGAAGAAGUCCCUUUAACAGUGGAAAUAGCGAUGAGUGUGAAGCGUCUUUAUCGCCAUCACAAACAAUAUCAUCAAAGCCGCCACCUCCAAUACCAUCUAGCACAUCUUCGUCAAACCAUUGUUUAGCAAAUAAAACAAAUGAGUGUACUACAGCGUCUGUUACAAUUCCGGCCGAUGAUAUUGACAACAAAGGUGGAGAACAACCACAACAUAUGGAUGUUGCCUAACCAUACUAUUCCAAUGUAUAUUGCAAGUCAUUGCCAAAAUUCAAGUCUGCUCAGCAGUAGUAAGUCUCUAUCCUCUUCUCCUUUCCAAUUCAAUUUUGUAUUGUUAGCAUCCUGUACUUUAAUGUAAUUCUCUUUUAGAAGCUAAGCUUUAUUUGUGUUUCCCUGUUUAGUAAUUAUUUUGUACUCUAAAUUUAUAAAUAUUCUCAACACAUUUUCCUUUUUCCAUUCUCCCACCAAACUCCACUAGUUUCUCAUAUACAUGCAUAUAUAAAUAGGUAUUUAUUUCAUUUUUUUUUUUUUUUUUCAAAUAUAUUAAAUUAUUUCCAAUUUGUGUUAGUUUAAGCACUGAAAUUAAAUGACCGGGUGAUCAUUAAAUGAAAUGAAUUUUCUAAAAAUUAAAAAAAGAACGAUACCUUAGUUUCACAAAAACCCUAUUAAGUCUAAGUUAAUAAAAGACUUUAUUUGUAUAAGUGGUUAAGAAAAAAAAAACAUUUUUUGUUAAUCAAGAAAUAUUACAAUUAAGAAAUACAGCUUAAAAACAUGGUCAACAUAUUUGUUUAAGAAAAGUAAAGAAAUGCUUUGUGAAAAUUAAUAAAAUAGUCCUCAUUUCUGCAUUCGUUUUGAUUUUAUUUACAAACAUUGUUAUCUAAAUUGAUGGUGAUCGAGUGAUAGUAACGAUAGUUUAAAGAAAGAUAAUUUAUAAAAUGUCUAUUUUCAUGGCUUUUGUAAGGAAAUGUCCUAACCACUUCACAGCAAUUUCAUGCUCUUUCGAAAUUUGUAUCAAAAUUGUAGAUUUAGGGAGCACAUUGGAGCUAAUAAGUCCUUAACAUUUGAACCUUCUAUCCUUUUCGACCAAGCAAUACUAUCUCAAUCUUUAUCAAAAGAGUUGUUACAACAAGUCAAUUCGGCCAGUUCUGCAUCAAUAGAGCAACCGCCACAAAUGUUCCUCUAAUUUUUCCACAUCUUCAAUCGACAGUGUGAGUUUAAAAAACUGCAACAAAGUCAAACGCCAUAAUUUUUACAUUUUUUUUUAAAUUUUAUUGAAUGAAAGCAAAAAAUGUCGGAAAUAGCAUAAAAUUUUAUAAUAAGUUUAGAUUUGUUCGAAUUUGCCACAAAUGGCACGAAUUAUACCCUUCAAACGGCCUCUGAAAACGUCAAACGCUGCCCGAAUGUUGCUUGCGGUAUUUUGGCCAAUUCCCGGCGAAGCGCUUGCUUGAGGUAAUCAAAAGUUUGAUAUGCCAACCUUGCUUUCCAAAAUACUCCAGACACAAUAGUCAACGGAUUCGUAUCCGGAGAUUUUGGGGCCAUUGUGCGCUGGAAAUGAAGCGAGGAAACUCAUUUUGUAAACAUUUUGGGUGACGCAUGCUGAGUGCGAUGGUUGUGAGUCCUGUUGGAAUGUCCAAGGUCUGCAUGCCCAAGGCAGUUCACCACUUUCGGCCAAGCAAAGCAACUCUUUAGCAUUUUUGAGUCUUUUUUCUUUCUGUUGCGGUGUAAGUUCUUGCACUUUUUGGAAAUGGCUUUACCCCGAGCUCAUUUUUCAAUAUUUGCCGAAUGGAAUAUUGCGAUAUGUUCAGCUCACGGCCACUGCAACGCGGGUUUCGAUCAAGUUGUUUCUUUACUUUUCGAACCAGUUCUGCUGAUGUUGUUCCGUUGUUGUUGUUGUUCCGUCCACUUCCUUGACUUCGGGCUGCGCUAGUAUCACGGUAACGAGCGAUGGUAUGAGACACAAAAGAAUUAUUCACAUUUAAAUGCUGGAGUGCUCUAACGAUAGCCACUUGUGGUUUUCCAGCCAGAUAUAAAGAAAUCACACCAUCACGUUUGAAUUCCAUCACGAAUAACUUUUUUCUAAAAAAUUCGUUUGGUAUGCUUGUAAACAAUAUAAUGAACUGUCACUGGAAUAAUAUUAACAGCUGUCGGACGAGUGGCUUAUUAGAAAUGACAGCAGUCUGAAGUUGAUGCGGUUUUUUCAUCUCAUCCUGUUAUCCAUUAAUGUUUUUCCGCAUUUUUACCAUUUCUUUACAGACCUUCAAUAUCCCGAUUUUUUAUUCCAGUACACAAGAAAA